AUGGAUGUCCCUUUCUUCGUCCCGUUCCUCUCUCUUUCUGUCUCUAGUCUUACUUCUCAAACUUGUUCCUCACCCAAUCUGUCCUUUCCUAUCUUUAAUUCCAAUUCUUUGCUUUGUAAACCCGCGUGCCAUAUCACAAUGGUUCUUUCCACGGGUUCUGUCGGGAGCACAUUUACACUCUCGUUGCCCAUUCCGUUGACAACGGCGUUUGUACCUGCUUCGUCUUGUCUUUCAAAUGUGUACCAGUAUUUCCCCGACCCAAGCAAUACCCUUGAAUACUACCUUCAACUCGGCGCCGAAGAUCAAAAGAACAAAUGUCUACCUCCAGGAUGGGCCGCCACCUCUCAGUAUUUCUCACCUGCUGUCUGUCCAACAGGAUACUCGCAGGCUUGCUGGGUGACAUCUUCAUUAGGUGCUAAUAGCGAAACUCUAGCCACAUGCUGUCCUUCUGGAUUCACGUGCGCGACUCUACCGGGAGUGUCGUAUCCCACAUGGCUGCCAUCCCUGUACUCGACUCAGGUGUGUGUAGGGAGUGGCGGGCAAGGCAGCUCGAUAGGGACAUUCGCGGUGACAAAAGUGACGGACGGAACGACUGUGGUGUCGAAUCCAGUCUUAUUGGGGGGUGUGAAUGCGUAUGGAGUGAGCAUUAGGUUCAAAGCUGAGGCCACAGCUCCCACUACUGGUGGAAGCCAUUCGGCCACAGGAAACCCUUCGGCAACCACUACCUCGGCAGGUGCGAGUUCUCCAAGCACCUGGAUGCCAAAUACUGAAUCGGGACUCUCGACAAGUGCGAAAGCCGGAAUUGGAGCUGGUGCUGGGGCUGUGGGGGUUACUUUGCUUGCAUUUCUGGCUUGUUUUGCCCUGAGACGACGGAAGCGUGCUACAGUGCACGUCGAUGAGAUUCAGCAGUACCCUGACCAGCCAACCAUGUAUGGGAGCGGGAGUGGUCCCAGUCCGGAGUUUUCCGAGUCGAAGACAAUCAAUCCUGAGAUGGGCGUUGGAAAUGAGGUUGGGGAGUUGCCUGGUCAUGGAAUUCAAGCGAAGAGGGCGGCAAGAGGCGAUGUGCAUGAGCUUGGUUGA